AUGGAAAAGACUACCGGCGAUGAGGGCCGCUCCAUUUAUACAGACAUGGCACAGUUCGGCAGUAUCAUUUAUGAUAUAGUGAAUCCACUCGAGUGGGAAUUUGGGAGUCAUGGUCUUAUCAAUGUUUGGCUCGGAUGCUCACAGGGCGCAUCAGCCCACUGCGACCUUAUCGUGACUCAUCUGAUUCUUUGUCUUGUUAAUCUGGGAGUGUACUUCGUAGAGAUCGACCAUGUCGAGAUGGAUGACAUCAUCCGCGCAUUCCGCGGGGACAGAUCGAUCGGAUGUUUUCGUCCUUUUGUCAGCUUACGGACUCCCGGUCGCACAGUAUUUAACCUCCUGAUCCUACGUCAACGUCCUGGGAGUGCCGUUGUAAAUCACAAAUAUCUUCAUCAUCCCGGAUUGCUUAUACACACUUUCUCCCCCGCGAAACCGAGUAUGGUCGGCCUCACUCAAGUGCGGAGCUCCAACUCCGCCCUUAACUCGCGCAACCCUCACUUUGUCGCUGUAUUCGUCGGAGGCACGAGCGGAAUCGGCGAAUACACCGCGAAGCAGUUAGCCAACUCCGUCAAACAGCCGACCAUCCAUCUGGUGGGCCGCAAUCCGGCCGCAGGAUCGCGCAUCGUGGAAGAGCUCAAAGCAGCCAACCCGAACGGCUCCUUCAACUUCAUCCAGUCCGACCUGUCCUUGCUCCGAAAUGUGGACGACGUGUGCGCCGUAAUUAAGAACAAGGAGGAGAGCAUUGAUCUGCUGUUCAUGACGACUGGACACCUUGCGACCUCGAAGAAAGACACUACGGAAGGCCUCGAGAAUAAUCAUGCCCUGCGUUACUACUCACGCAUGCGAUUCGUCCAUAAUCUCCUCCCGUUACUCAGCGCAUCCAAAACUCCAGGAAGAGUGGUCACUGUGCUUGGAGCUGGACAGGAAGGGCAGAUCAGUGAGGAUAAUCUCGAUCUCCAAAAGUCAUGGUCCUUCUUCAAGUCAGUAACUUAUGCUGCAACGAUGAACUCCCUGGCGAUCGAACACCUUGCCUCGCAAUAUCCGACUAUUAGCUUCGCGCACGUCUUCCCCGGCAUCGUUCGCACGCCACUGAUGAAUAGCACCGUCGGAUCGUUCGCAGGAUCGAUUCUCGGUUUCCUGUCCCGGCCGUUCUCGAUCUCAGAGCAGGAGAGUGGCGAGCGCAACCUCUUCAUCUCGACGUCGGCCGCAUAUCCACCUGCUACGCCUUCAGAUCCAUCCAAGAUUGGCGUGCCCCUACCGGAUGGCGUCCAGACGAGUAUGGCUUCGAACGGCAAAGUAGGUGGUGGCUCCUACAUAUUGAACUAUGAUGGCGCAAACGCGACAAAUGAGAAGGUCAUGAAUGAAUACCGACAGAAGGAUUUUGCCCGGAAGGUAUGGGAGCAUACUGAGGCAACGUUCAAAAAGGUUCUGGGAACUGCGUGA